AUGGAUGCUCGCCAGGUGUUGCAAAGCACCUUGUCGCCUGAUGCGGCGGAACGUACCAAUGCUGAGCAGCAACUCGCCCAUGCAGCGGAGGUUGACUUCGCCACCUACCUCGUCACCCUAGGCCAGGAACUGGCCAACGAAGACAGCCCUGCCCAUAUUCGCGUCGCUGCUGGUAUUGCCUUGAAGAACGCUUUUACCUUCCGAGACCAGGCCAAGCUUCGUGAAGUGCAGGCCCGAUGGAUUCAACAGAUCACACCCGAGAUUAAGACGCAGGUCAAGGAGCUCGCUCUCAAGACCUUGCACUCCGAUACCCGAGCUGGGAAUGCCGCCGCCACUCUGAUUGUUUCGAUUGCCGCGAUCGAACUGCCGCGCAACGAGUGGACCGACCUUAUGAACAUCCUUGUCCAGAAUGUGGCCAGUGGAAAUGAUAAUGUGAAGCAGUCGUCUCUCGCCACGAUCGGCUUCAUCUGCGAGUCCCAAGACCCCGACCUGCGCGCGAGCCUGACUGCGCACUCCAAUGCCAUUCUUACUGCUGUUGUGCAGGGUGCUCGGCGCGAGGAGCCGAACAUGGAUGUCCGUUUUGCUGCUAUUGCUGCCCUUAGUGACGCCGUCGAUUUCGUGCGAUCGAACAUGGACAAUGAGGGAGAGCGUAACUAUAUCAUGCAAGUAGUCUGCGAGGCCACCCAGGCCGAGGAGGUCCGCGUGCAGGCUGGUGCAUUUGGCUGUCUGAACCGUAUCAUGGGUGCGUACUAUGAAAAGAUGCGCUUUUAUAUGGAGAAGGCUCUGUUCGGCCUGAGCAUCAUGGGCAUGAAGAGCGAAGAGGAGGAAGUCGCAAAGCUCGCCAUCGAGUUCUGGUGCACUGUUUGCGAAGAGGAGAUUGCUAUUGAGGACGACAACGCAGAGGCUCAGCAGGAGGGUGUUGAGGCCCGUCCGUUCUUCGGCUUUGCUCGCGUGGCUGCUCGCGAAGUCAUUCCUGUUCUGCUGCAGGCUAUGUGUCGCCAGGAUGAGGAUGCUGGUGAUGAUGAGUACAACGUGUCGCGCGCCGCUUACCAGGCCCUUCAGCUGUACGCUCAGUGCGUUCAGGGUGACGUUCUCCAGCCCGUUGUUGGUUUUGUUGAGGAGAACAUUCGCAGCGAGGAUUGGCGUCGCCGGGAUGCCGCCGUGGCCGCCUUUGGUGGUAUUAUGGAGGGCCCCGAGCCUCGCGUGCUGGAGCCUCUGAUUAAGCAAGCUCUUCCUGUUCUUUUGGGUAUGAUGGAGGACAGCUCCGUCCAGGUCCGGGACUCCACUGCCUACGCCCUGGGUCGUGUGUGCGACUGCUGCCCCGAAGUUCUGGACCCCGAUGUUCACCUGCAGCCCCUCAUCUCUUGCCUCUUCAAUGGCCUCGCCAGCAGCCCCAAGAUUGCCAGCUCUUGCUGCUGGGCUCUUAUGAACGUUGCCGACCGAUUUGCCGGCGAUGCCGGUUCUCAGACCAACCCUCUGUCCAAGCACUUCGAGGAGAGCGUAACAUCACUUCUGCAGGUGACUGAGAGACAGGAUGCUGACAAUCAGCUUCGCACCGCCGGAUACGAAGUUCUUAACUCAUUUGUUAUGAACUCCGCCAAUGACAGCCUGCCCGUGGUUGCUAACCUUUCUGAUCUGAUCAUCCAACGUCUCGAGCAGACCAUUCCCAUGAAACAGCAGGUUGUGAGCACUGAGGACCGCAAUCUCCUCGAGGAGAUGCAAACCAGCUUGAUCAGUGUUAUCCUGGCUAUUGUUCAACGAUUUGAGCUUGAGAUCAAACCUCAGGCUGACCGCAUCAUGCAGGUUCUGAUCAAUGUUCUGACCACCGUUGGCGCCAAGUCCAGUGUUCCUGAUGUCGUCUUUGCCACCGUUGGUUCCAUUGCCAGCGCUCUGGAUGAGGAGUUCGUCAACUACAUGGACACGUUCAGCCCUUUCCUGUUCAGCGCCCUGGGUAACCAGGAGGAAUCUGGUCUCUGCUCCAUGGCGAUUGGCCUUGUUAGCGACAUUGCUCGUGCCCUGAACGACAAGGUUCAGCCCUAUUGCGAUACCUUCAUGAACCACCUCCUCAACAUUCUCCGGACUUCUACCAACCAACUCAAGCCGGCCAUUUUGGAGACUUUCGGCGAUAUCGCUCAGGCUAUCGGAACCCCCCAUUUCGAUAAAUACCUGCCUGUUGUUGGCCAGGUCCUUCAGCAGGCCUCCUCUGUCACCACCAGCUCUGAUCUACCCUAUGACAUGGUGGACUACAUUGUCUCACUGCGGGAGGGUAUUAUGGACGCUUGGGGAGGCAUCUUACUUGCCUACAAGGGCCACUCUCAGAUCACCCUGGUCCAGCCUUUUGUUGAGUCCAUCUUCCAGCUGCUCCACAUCAUUUCCCAGGAGGGUAACCGGAGCGAGGGCCUGAUGCGCUCUUCCAUGGGUGUGAUUGGUGAUCUUGCUGAUGCUUUCCCCAACGGCGAGCUGGCUAGCUAUUUCCGCAACGACUGGGUCACCACCCUCGUCCGGGAGACCCGCACCACCCGCCAGUACAGCGAGCGGACCAUCGAGACCGCUCGUUGGACCCGGGAACAGGUCAAGCGUCAAAUCAACAUGAGCACUGGCAUGGCUUAA